UCUCUCUCCACAUCCGUAGCUGUAUUCCGCAAGCGAUUCUUCGUUUCUCUCUGCCCUCUCGUCUUCGUAAAGCUAUACAAUAUAUAUAUACAGUCAGAGAGGCAUCUGAGACAGAGCAGUAUUAAGAAAAAAAAAGUUUUUUUUCUUAAAAAAAUGGAUCUUUUAGGUAGUGUGUUGGUUUUUAUGGUUCUGUUCGCUGGUUUGGUUUCUGGGUUUGCCCUGGAAACACUUCCUGUUAUAUCCUUCGAGGAAGGUUACUCGCAUCUGUUCGGUGACCAGAACUUGGCUGUCCGUAAAGAUGGAAAAUCUGUCCGUUUAUCGCUCGAUGAGAGGACAGGGUCUGGGUUUGUGUCAAAUGAUCUGUACCUUCAUGGGUUCUUCAGUGCAAAAAUCAAACUUCCUGCGGAUUACACUGCUGGAGUUGUCGUUGCCUUCUAUAUGUCAAAUGGAGACAUGUAUGAGAAGAACCACGACGAGAUAGAUUUCGAGUUCUUGGGAAACAUUAGAGGGAAAGAAUGGAGGAUUCAGACGAACAUCUACGGCAACGGAAGCACCCACUUGGGCCGAGAAGAGAGAUGCUAUCUCUGGUUCGACCCAACUGAGGAUUUCCAUCAAUACAGCAUCCUCUGGUCCGAUUCCCACAUCAUAUUUUACAUAGACAACGUUCCAAUCAGGGAGGUGAAGAGGACCGCGUCCAUGGGCGGUGACUUCCCGUCUAAGCCGAUGUCGCUCUACUCCACGAUAUGGGACGGCUCGAAAUGGGCCACCAAUGGUGGCAAGUACGGCGUAAAUUACAAAUAUGCCCCUUUUGUCGCCCGGUUUUCCGACUUCGUUCUCCACGGCUGCGCCGUCGAUCCCAUCGAGCAGUUGCCCAAAUGCGACUUUUCCGGCGAAGAACUCCGGCGAGCUGCGGAGCUAACGUCUUCUCAGAGGAUCACGAUGGAGGAUUUCCGUAGGAAACACAUGACGUAUUCUUACUGCUACGACCAGACAAGGUACAAGGUUGUCCUGCCGGAGUGUGUUCUAAAUCCUGCUGAGGCUAAGCGGCUUAGGGUUUACGAUCCGGUCACUUUUGGCGGGAUUCCUCACCGUCACGGUAAGAACCGCCGCCGCCGGAGACGAGCCGUCGUGGGGUCGGAGGCAAUGUAAUACGGUGGGUGAAUGAGAGAGGGGGUCUCUAUAAUAAGUCCAUAUUUACAUGAUUUGGUCCAUAUAUAUAUAUAUAUAUCUGUAUUCCUGAUUUUCAGUUUAGAGGGUCAUUUUGAUUUCAUCUUGUAUAGGAAACUCGAAAAAAAAGGAAAAAAAAUAUUAUUUCAUUAAGAGAUUUGGUAUUUUUGUUUUGUUUUCAUAAAAAAAUAAUUUAUGGGAUGGUUCACGAGGAGAGUGGGUGGCUGUGAUUCGUUCUGUGAAUUGUGUUUUUUCGUAUAGAAACUCUUAAAAAGAUUCUUGGAUUAUUUCUAUGGUUUUUUUUCCCAAUUCGAUUCGAUUCAUUAUUGUA